AUGUCGCUGAAAGACGAGCAGUGGGUCCUGGUGGCCGCCCUAGAGAUGGCCGGAGUCGCUCAGGAGGAAGAUGCGGCGACGUACCGAGCAGCCUACGAGGAGGCGAGAGAAGCUGGUGUGGAUGAAUCCAAACUCGCCGAGGCGGAGGAUAUUCUGCAUCGCUUGCACGAGCCAACCCAGAUGGAGAUGGAUGCAGCCUAUUUCAACCAGACCUUCGGUUCUUUGGUGCUUCAACCGGCGUCGUUGGAGCUGAAAGUUGAAGGGACUGAUCCUUCAGCGUCCGCGGAGACACAUGCUUUCCCUCCCUUGCCACCGAUCGUGGCGGUGGCGGAGACGGAAGCGAAGCGAAGGAAAGCUGAGUUCAAUCAGGGGAACAUCAAAGAAGAGACAGUCGAGGAUCCUGCAGAAGCUAUGCACAAAUGGUCGAUGCGCAUGAUUGAACUGGCCUUGCUGCAGUGCAGAAAGCGAAAGGCCGUUGAACUGGAAGAUUUCGAUCUGGCCCAUCGCCUGAAGCAGCGCGAGCCGGCUGCGACUUUGCGUCUCACUGCAGCGCGCAGAGCAUGCCUCGCCAGCAAGACUCCAGCAACAAAGGAAGAAAUUCCGAACACUGAGGCCGAGCAGGAAGACCGGAAAAGGCUGCGGAACUCCGAGGACGAGGAGUUGCAAGCAGUGAAGCGUCAAAAGCAGGAGGCUGUGGAAAAAGAGGAUUUUGCUCGUGCCAGUGAGCUGCGGCGGAGAGAGCUUGAACUUGAACGACGUCAAAGAGGGGACGAUUCCGAAGCGGCCGCUGCAGCCUUACAGCUGCUGAGUAGCUCAUCCCCCGAGGACCUACUGAGAAGCUUUGACCCGGGCGUGGCGGACUUUUUUUCGGCCGGCGCAGGGGAGGACAUUUGGGAGGCGGUUUCUGCCGAUCUGAAGGUGGCAGCAGAUGCAAUUGCCCUUGCCCUUCAUGUGUAUCCAGUGGCCAUUGCCUUCUCCAACAUUCCCAAGAUGAGGCGCCGGCGGGCGACUCUGAUUUGGGAUCCCACAGCCCCCAACAAAUCCAUCGGCAUCCGACGUUUCAUGGCGCGUUUCAUGGCGCAUUUCAGUCACCGGGGUCACCGGGCUGUGACCCGGUCGCCAUGGAUUUGGCGCACCUCGUUGGGAGCUCCGAGACGCGGUGUUGUGACGGUUGGCCUUUUCCCUGCCAAACAUGAGCCGCUGACGAGUGCCGACCUGGCGUACUUCCGGCAGCAUGGCGUGGACGACGCGCUGGCGGAGAUCGUGUCGCAGCUUGCAAAGCAGAAGCCGACGGAUCCCUAUAAGUUCAUCGCAGAUGCCAUGGCCCAGAAAAAUGGAGGCAGUGCCGUCACCAAGGCGGAGAAACCGGAGAAAAAGGCCGACGCCAAAGCGGCGCCCAAAGCCGCAGCCAAGGCGGAAGCUGCUCCCGCGGCUGCUCCAGCAGGAGCUGUGAACACUGCUGAAGUGGAAAAGGUGGGAGCAGAGCUUAGAGCCCUCAAGGAGAAGCUGAAACAGGAGGGCAAGAGUGGAAAGGAGGUGAAUGCUACGCCAGAAGUGCAAGCGCUGGUGGCUCGAUUGAAUGACCUCAAAUCUGGAGGAGCUGUGAACACUGCUGAAGUGGAAAAGGUGGGAGCAGAGCUUAGAGCCCUCAAGGAGAAGCUGAAACAGGAGGAAGUGAACUCCUCGCCAGAAGUGCAAGCGCUGGUGGCUCGAUUGAAUGACCUCAAAUCUGGAGGUAUUGAACGGCGUGGGACCAGGAUGGACAUCUGGACUGAGGCCAAAGGCAAAGCUAAGAAAGAGAAGGCUCCAAAGCCAGCAAAAGGAGGAGGUUUGGUCAACAAGAAAGCGGACAACGUGCCGGAGUGGUAUGCCGAGGUCAUUGGCAAAGGCCAACUGAUUGAGAAAUAUCCAGUGAAAGGUUGCUUCAUUCUGCGCCCUUGGGCCUACAAGCUUUGGGAACAGAUCCAGGGAUGGCUGGACAAGAACAUCAAGGAGAUCGGAGUUGAGAACUGCUACUUCCCAAUGUUCAUUCCGAAGUGCUACAUGGAGAAAGAGAGCGACCACUUGGAAGACUUCGCCCCUGAGCUUGCCAUGGUCACCAAGUUUGGCAAUGAGGAACCCGGUCACCCAUGGCCGACCAGCGAAACGGCGAUGUAUGCGGCCUACUCCGAUUGGGUGCAGUCGCAUCGAGAUUUGCCGAUCAAACUCAACCAGUGGUGCUCGGUGGUGCGAUGGGAAGUGAAGCAGACCACACCUUUCCUGCGGACCCGAGAGUUCCUAUGGCAGGAGGGUCACACGGCGUUCGCGGAGAAGGCCCCUGCAGAAGCAGAAGUCUUGGCCAUCCUGGAGUUGUACGCCCGGGUCUAUGAGGAGUUGCUGGCCGUCCCGGUGGUGCGAGGAACCAAGACGAAGGCGGAGACCUUCCCGGGUGCCGACUACACCACCACAGUGGAGGCCUUUAUCCCCGCCACGGGCCGGGCCAUCCAGGGAGCAACCUCGCAUCAUUUGGGCCAAAACUUCUCAAAGAUGUUCGAAAUCAGCUUCCAGGAUCCCAAGGAUCCUACGGGACAGAAGAUCGAAUACGCCUACCAGAACUCCUGGGGCCUCACCCAGAGAACCAUUGGCGUUAUGGUCAUGGUGCACGGCGACGACAAGGGCUUGGUCUUACCGCCCAAUGCUGCUGGCAUCCAGGUAGUCAUGGUGCCGGUGGGCAUCAAAGCCACCAGCACAGAGGAGGAGAAGACGACUUUGGCCCAGGUGUCGAAGGAUUACGAGAAGAAGUUGUCUGACGCCGGAAUCCGCGUUCUUCUGGACGAUGACAACUCCGUGUCUCCUGGAUGGAAGUUCAACCAAUGGGAGAUGAAGGGCGUUCCCUUGCGGAUCGAGUUGGGUCCCAUGGACAUCAGCAAAGGUCAGUUCAUGAUGGCCAAGCGAACCGUCUUAGAUCCCAAGGAGAAGGUUGUGGGCAAGCACGAAUCCCUUGUGGAAGAUGUGAAGAGAACUUUGCAGGAAAUCCAUGAUCAACUCUAUUCAAAGUCGUUGGCGGAACGCGACAGUAGAAUGGCUUCCAUCGACAAAUGGGAGGACUUUAGCCCAAACCUCAAUGCGGGCAAGUUGGUUCUGAUUCCGUUCUGCGGCGAACCCGAGUGCGAAGACAAAAUCAAGGAGAAGUCGAAAGAGGAGGCACAAGAAGUUGAAGUCGCCGGCGGUCUCAAGAUGGGCGCCAAGAGUUUGUGCGUUCCUCAUGAGGAUGUCGUUCUCGAGAGUCUGGGCCUGGGGCGUCCUGGGGUUCCUGGGGUUCCUGUGUCCCUCGCCGGAACGCUGGGUCCCGUGGAUGGUUGCAUUGAUGUCGCUGCUGGUGCUCAGGAGACCUGCACGAAGUCAGGCACCUGUGCGGAGCGACGCAAGGGAGACGUGCUCCUGAUGCAACUGAAGCCGCAGCUCAAACGUGGUAUAGAGGAAGCUGUUCCUGAUCCAGCCGCCUUUUUUCUGCCAGCUUGCUGUUUGGGAUGCCAUCACUGGUGCUCGCCAAAGAGCGGGCAGUGUCAUGACAUGCAGGCGAAGUCCUACUACAAACCCUGCGCUCGCUCGACUGAGACUAUCCCCGGUGCGCUGCUUUGGGCCGACGAGUUCGAGGGGAACGAAGUGAAUCUCUCGAAUUGGGUUCAGAUGACGGGCGUGGAGGAAGUGAAAGAUGGGCAGCUGCACUACACUGAUCACAGGACCAAUUCUUUUGUGGAGAAUGGUGUGCUGAAGAUUGUGGCAAGCUGUGAGGAGUCUGAGAUGGGCAAGUACACUUCGGCCAAGCUGUCCACUCAGGAUCGCUUUCACUGGGGUCCGGGUCACCGAUUGGAGAUCAGAGCGCGAGUGCCCAAAGGCCGAGGCCUUUGGCCAGCGAUUUUCAUGCUUCCCUCCAAAGGUGGCCCCUGGCCAGAGACCGGAGAGAUUGACAUCAUGGAAGUCUCUGGCUGCGUUGCCGGCAAGGUGUCUGGAACAGUUCAUAUGGGUGGUUUCAAUCAGAUGAGAGAGACUCAGAGCUCCAAUCACUACUUUGCAGAGUAUGACAAAUGGCACACCUACAGCAUUGACUGGGCAUCGGAUCACAUCAAUUGGUACGUGGACGGGCAGCUCUAUCACACCGCCCGACCAAGCGCCGAUGGAGCCGAUGGAGCCGAUGGAGCCGAUGGACCAUGGCCUUUUCGGGAGAAGUUCUUUUUGAACAUGAACCUGGCAGUCAAUGCCCUUUGGGCUAGCGGUUGCCAUGAGAGCAAGGCUCUAUCCUGCGAGGAUCUGGGGCAGGCAAUGGAAGUCGACUACGUGCGGGUUCACGAGCUGAAGGAUACGACCAGCUGA